UUGCAUCGCACAUGACAUAACAAACUGUUAUUAGGCAAUAAUACAGAUCAGCAGCAAGGCAUAGACAUGAAGAAGGCAAUUCCACUAGGAAUUGUACUUGUGGUUGCCGUGCUGCUUGCGCCAGUGGGUGAGAGCCGUCCUGCUCGGAAGGACCUUGGCAUCAACCUUGGGAAUGGGCUUGGGAUCGGGAUCGGUCUAGGUGCAGGCGUUGGUGCCGGGGGCUCUGGCUCUGGCUCUGGAUCAGCAUCGGGCUCGAACUCAGGGUCAGGGUCUGGAUCUGGCUCAGGCUCUGGAUCAGGAUCAGGAUCAGGAGGUCUGGGUCUUGGGCUUGGUGUUGGAGUUGGUAUAGGAGUAGGUCUAGGUGGCAGUGGCUCUGGUUCAGGCUCUGGAUCAGGCUCAUCAUCCACGUCCGGUUCAGGCUCUGGAGCUGGUUCAGGAUCAGCAUCAGCUUCUGGUUCAGGAUCAGGCUCAGGAGGGGGGCUUGGGCUUGGACUCGGUGCUGGAGUAAGUAUCGGAUUAGGAGGGUCCGAUGGCAGUUCACACGCUGCGUCCAGGGCAGGAUCAAGUGCCGGGUCUAGUGCAAGACCAAGCGUAGGGUCUGGUGCUGGAUCUCGAAGUGGGCAAGAUCACCAUUGAUAUGCAUGUGUGUUACCUUGAAGACCCUGUUUCUCUGGUAAUCAUCUCUGGAUUAGCUUAUUAUAUAUAGGAAGACGACAUAAACAACGAUGGCAGUUACUAGGUUUUAUGUAUUUGUACUGAUCCGAUGACAUAUUUACAGUAUGUUGGUUGUGUGGACGUUUUAUAAGUACUUUAUAAUUUAGAUGAAGAGAUGCUGUAUGAAA